CUCACACGUUAUUAUGCCGUUUUGAACUACUGAUUCAAACUGCGCGUGUUGGCACGUUAAACUUUGACGCGUUUCGUUAUUAGGUUUUUGUCCCUUAUGGCCGCUCAUACAUCAUCAGUUCCUUUACUGUGGCGCUUACAUCAGAGGCGGCGCGCUCGUGCGGCGCUCGAGACACUCCUCAAACAGACAGGCUCGAGACUAGUGCGGCUGGCAGAGCUGACGCAUCGGUGUUUGUGCAGUUCAGCUGCAGACAGGACUAUCAUGGCAGAGAAACCUUUAGUCACUGCAGGGAACAACUUCCCGCUGGAUUACCGAGGAGAGCAAGAUGUCUCAUGUUCCAGACGGGACUCUCGUGGAUGCUUUGUAAACCCUUGGACAACAUGGCAGUUCCCCUCCUACAGUACCAUUGCUCGCCUGUUCCUCAUGGAGAAGAACAACAGUAAUGUGCCCAGUGUCAAAGAGGUUCUGGACCGUGAGCUGCCGGUUCUGGAGCCGUAUUUCGUCCAGAGGCCAGAUCAGUGCGGGCAGACGGGCCCAUCUGUGCGAGCGACCUGGCUGGGUCAUGCCUCUGUUCUGGUGGAGAUGGAAGGACUGGUGGUUCUGACUGAUCCCAUGUUCAGCCAGAGAGCCUCUCCACUGGCAUUCGUGGGCCCGAAGCGUUACCGUGACCCGCCUUGCACUGUAGAACAGAUUCCUCGCCUGGACGCUGUGGUCAUCAGUCAUACACACUACGAUCACCUCGACGCAGGCUCUGUGGCAGCGCUGAACGUUCGCUUCGGUUCUGGUUUGCGCUGGUUUGUGCCGCUCGGGUUGGCCGAAUGGAUGAGGAAGGCAGGCUGUGAGAACGUCACAGAGCUGGACUGGUGGGUGGGGAGCCGCAUUCCCGGGCAUGAUGAUGUCACUUUUUUUUGCACGCCUGCACAGCACUGGUGCAAACGCUCGCCUGUGGAUGAGAACAAAGCAUUAUGGGGUAGCUGGACUAUCGUAGGGCCCAAUUGUCGUUUCUUCUUCGCUGGGGAUACGGGAUACUGUUCAGAGUUUAAGGAGAUCGGAAAACGGCUCGGACCGUUUGACCUGGCUGCCAUCCCGAUCGGAGCGUACCUGCCCAGAGGGAUCAUGAAGUCUCAACAUGUGGACCCUGAAGAGGCUGUUCUGAUUCACAUUGACAUUCAGGCGAAAACAUCGCUGGCCAUUCACUGGGGGACAUUUGCGUUGGCCUAUGAGCAUUAUCUUGAGCCUCCAGCACGUUUGCGUGAGGCUAUGGUGAAUCAUGGACUGAAUCCAGAUCAGUUCUUCACGCUCCAUCACGGAGAGUCACGGAUGAUCAACCACAAGGACAUGCACUCGUCCAGCUAAACCAAAACACAGGAAGUAAGCAGACACACAUAUAUGACUGCUUUACACAGGCUGCAUUUUUAUAAAUCAUUUUGAAGAUAGUGCUGAUCCAGUGGCUGGACUCUGGAUUUAAUGCAACAUGAAUGUAUUAUAUUUCUAUUUUGUUUAAUAUAAUUUGUCAUUUAAAAUAUCAUGGAAUGACCAUAAUAAAACAACAUCUGAGUUUA